AUGCCUUUCCUGUGGUGUGGAUCUCGACAGAAAGGUCAGAAAUGGAAACAGAUUGAAGGUGCCAUCUCCCCCACUAGAAACAACUUCCAACUCUCUAACACGGUAACAGAAUCAGCAGCAAAUCUAGAACAGCUACCAUCAUGGACUGCUCCAGAUAACAAGCUCAUACUGCAAACCUUUGAAUGGCAUGUUCCCGCCGACCGCCAGCAUUGGCGUCGUCUGCAAAAUGCCUUACCAGAGUACAAGGCCAUUGGCGUUGAUCAAAUCUGGGUUCCCCCUGGAUGCAAGGGGAUGGAUGCUAAUGGCAAUGGCUAUGACAUCUACGACCUGUAUGACCUAGGAGAGUUCGAUCAGAAAGGUGCAGUCCCUACGAAAUGGGGUACCAAGCGUGAACUUGAAGAUUUGAUGUGUCAAGCGCAAAACUUGGGUAUUGGUGUUAUCUGGGAUGCUGUGCUCAAUCAUAAAGCUGGCGCGGACUAUCCGGAGCCUUUCCAGGCCGUCAAGGUUGAUCCUAAACGACGAGAUGUGGAUAUAUCUAAGCCAAUGGAAGUCAAUGGUUGGACAGGCUUUGAUUUCGCCGGUCGCAGGGACAUGUACAGCUCAAUGAAGUAUAACUGGCAACAUUUCAGCGGUGUCGACUGGGACGAUAAGAGCAAGCAAAGCGCAAUCUACAAGAUCGUCGAAUCAAACAAGGACUGGGCGCAAGAUGUCUCCACGGAGUUUGGAAACUACGAUUACCUCAUGUUUGCCGAUUUGGAUCUUACCCACCCAGAGGUCCGCGCAGACCUCAUGCAAUGGGGAACCUGGGUCACCAAAUCGCUAAGCCUUAACGGCAUGCGACUCGAUGCCGCCAAGCAUUUUUCAACGGAGUUCCAACGCGCAUUUGUGCAACAUAUUCGGAAAACAGCCAAUCCGGACUUUUUCGCCAUAGGAGAGUACUGGACUGGACAUUUACCCUCACUUCUGCGUUACCUGGAAGAUGUGGAGUAUAAUCUCUCUGCAUAUGAUGUACCUCUCCUGGAACGGUUCUCGAAGUUAUCGCAUGCACAGGCCGCAGACCUGCGCGGUAUUUUCAAAGAUACACUUGUACAGCGUCGGCCGGACCAUGCUGUGACCCUUGUUGCCAAUCACGAUACAGACCGAGCUAAUCAACGGCAGACCCCUGUAUCGCCCGCCUUCAAAUUACUAGCAUACGCACUAGUCCUCCUCCGCAAAGACGGUCACCCCUGCGUAUUCUGGGGUGACCUAUACGGGAUCCGAGCGAAUGUGGAUAACCCAAUGACACCAAGUUGUAACGGCCUUUUGCCCGUGCUAACACAAGCCCGGAAACUCUACGCCUACGGUGAACAACAGGAUUAUUUCGACCAGCCAAAUUGCAUAGGAUUCGUCCGCUACGGAAACGCCCGCCAUUUAUCCGGGCUCGCGUGUGUUAUCAGUAACGCCGGUCGGGGUACGCAGCGAAUGUUUGUUGGACAGCGUCAUGCAUUCGAGCAGUGGACGGAUCUCUUACAUCCCGAAAUGAAACCUGUCGUCAUUGAUAAAAAUGGUUAUGGAAAUUUCGGUGUUCAGGGGAUGAGUGCCAGUGUCUGGGUUGAUUCUGCCACAGUGGACCGGGAUGGUCUUAAAAGGGACUUUAAUGUGAAUAUCUACGCUUAA